AUGGAGUUUGAUGAUUUUUAUGAAACAGUUGGUGUAUUUGGUCUAUAUCAAAAGACUAAAUAUUUCUUAUUAUGUUUUACAAAUAUGCUUCCACCAGUUAUGGUCUAUGCCUGGACAUUCAUAGCUGCUACACCAUCAUUUCGUUGUCGAAUAUCAUCUGAUAAUUUAUAUUCAUUGAAUUCUACAAAUAAUCUUUUAACUUCAUUCAUUCCUACUCCAGAUCAAUGUUUUGCAUAUCAAAAAACAAUUUCUUUAAAAGAAUGUCAACGAUGCUUUCAAUUUGUAAACACUAAUAAUGAUGAUGGUACUAUUGGAGCAUUAAAUCCAUGUCGAAGUUAUAUUUUUGAUCAAACUUAUUAUCAAUCCACAUUGGUUGAAGAUUGGUCAAUGGUAUGCGAUCGAUUAUCAUUAAAAAGUACUGUUCAAGUUGUAUUCUUCGGUGGCUAUAUGGUUGGUUCACUUCUUUUUGGUAUUCUUGCAGACAAAUAUGGUCGACGACCUAUUAUGGGUGCUUCGUUUCUAUUAAUGUUUAUUGCUGGUAUUAUAUGUGCAUUAGCACCAGAAGAAUUAAUUGGUAAGGGAACAAGUUAUCCAGUUUUUGCACUUGGAAGAUUUUUACUUGCUUGUGCAACACGUGGUAUUGCUGUUACUGGUUUUGUUAUGGGUUCGGAAUUAGGCGGAGCGAAACAACGUCUAUUUUCUGGUAUUGUUAUAAAAUAUUUCUUUGCAUUUGGUGAAUUAUUAUUACUGGGUCUUGCUUUAACAAUUCGAACAUGGAGAACAUUAAAUGCAGUACUUGCUGUUGUUCCUGUACCUUUUAUCUUUUUUUACUUUAUUUUACCUGAAAGUCCUCGUUGGCUUAUUUCUGAACAACGUUAUGAUGAAGCUGAAUUACUUUUUCAUCGAAUUGCUGAUAGAAAUAAAAAGAAUUUUGAUCCAGCACUUUAUAAACAAUUUGUUAAUGACGAUAAAAAGAGAGUUGCGGCUACUAAAGGUCAAAAUAAUGGAUUUAAAGCAAUAUUUCGUUCGAAAGUAAUGGCUAUCAUUGCAUUAAAUAUGUCUUAUCAAUGGUUUGUACAAAAUCUUGUUUUUUAUGGUAUAUCACAAAAUACGGGCGCAUGGUUACAAAAUCCUUAUAUCUCAUUUGGAGCUAGUGCUGUUGUUGAAAUAGUAGCAUAUAUUGUCGUACAUCUUGUUCUUGAUCGAUGGGGCCGGAAAUUACCAUACUGUUUAUUUGUUAUAGCACUUGCAUUUGUUGCAUUACUUGUUGUACCUAUUCAAAUGUUAUUACCAAAAGAAAGCAGAAGUCAAUAUGUUCUUAUGUUUAUGGUGAAUAUUGCCCUGAAAUUUCUUGCUUCAGGUUCAUAUGUAAUUAUUUAUAUAUAUGCAAAUGAAACAUUUCCAACACAUGGUCGAAAUACAGGAAUGGGUGUAUGUUCAAUGAUUUCUCGUCUUGGUGCAAUUAUUGGAACAUUUUCUAAUGAUCAUCUGACUCGAGCAUGGCCACAUACUCCAAUAGUUGUCUAUGGAGCAACGUCUGUAGUUGCUAUGUUACUUGCUACAAUCUUUCCUGAAACAUUAAAUAAACCAUUACCACAAACAAUUACAGAUGUUGAAAGAAUGGGACUUGCUUGAAAUAAAACACAAACAACAACAUCAUACAACAUGAGUGAUUCAGGAUCAGGUCGCAAUACUCCAGUAGGUGUUCCACCGAAAGAUGAACCAAAAACGUGUACAACUUAUUCAAAAUCAGUAAGUUUAUAA